AUGAGCUCUCCUGAUGAGGUUUCUCUUCGGGGGGCCAAUUUGGGGCCAGAAAGUGGGGAGCACUCAGAAAGACGCCGCUUUGCCCACGGCUUCCCAAGGGGACACGGCAUAGGCCCUGAGGAGAGGCUGUUAAGGAGCAGAGAGGACAAAAUGUGUCACCCGGUCUCCAAGACCUUUCAGUGUGAAUCCUGGUUAGACAGGGAGGACAUGGAGGGAAGGUCAGUCAUUUGGGGCUGCGAAGGCCGGCCCGGCACUCCGGUGGAUGACAGAGGGGACAGUUUGGACUUUGUCCAGCAGCUGGCCGUAGAAGGUACGAGCUUCGGGCAGCAUGUAGCCAACCGGGAGGCCUGGGGUGUCCACAGACAUCCGUCUCCCCAAGCCUGUGCGGCUGAGCCCUUUACCAUCUGGGGAGACUCAGACGCGAGCACGCUCAGGAGAAGCGCGCGCCCGCUGACCUCAACAGAAGGGAAGCAGUACGCAGCAGCCCAACUGCACCCCAGAGGUCUAGGGAGAGGCAGGGCCUGGAUGACCCCGAGAAGAAGUGCCACCAGUCGAAUGAUAGCCAGUGAUGACACUCAAUAUCCGUCCUCCGACCCUGAAUCUUCUGAUGAGUUCAGUGAGAUACAGAUGAUGAGGGUAACCAUUUGUCUCAAAGAAGGAAGCCAGCCCAAGGCCACUGGCCUCACCGAGCUGGAAGAUCCACCUAGACACACAAAUGUCCAUGGCAGAGAAGGUUUAGUCCAUGUGCCGCCCUCUCUGCUGGCUACCACUCCAAGAGGGCUCAGUUCAGGCAUAGAAAAGCAGGCUUCAGGAGACCAGGAAAGCUCUCUAUCUAAGAAAAAGCAGAGUAUCGUUUGGAGCAGAGAAGGGAGCAGGAGCAGCCACCAAGGAGCUAUUGCAGCUGCUGCCACCGCCACUGCCAGUGCCUCGGCCAUUGCCACUACUGGUGCCCCUGCCCCUGUCGCUUCCGGUGGCUUGCCCAAGACCAGUCCUAGAAAGAAGCCAGCCCAGGAGAAGACAUGUCAGUGGGAUGCCUCAAGAGGACCCAUCGGAAGAACCUUCCCACCAUGGGGACAGAGACUCAAGUCAGCUCCUGUAGAACCAGCCACUUUCCCCCCAAUCUCAGGGGUUGCCCUGCUAGGGAAGGCCAGUAAAUGCUCACUGCCUUCAGGGCCCAAAGAGUGCAAGCCCUUCUGCACUGGGAAGAAAUCCGUGGCAAAGAGGACAAAGGAGACACAGGCAGUGUCCAAAGACGAUAACUCACCAAGAGAUCCUGGCCUGCAGGCCCAAAUUCCACCACACAGGGCAGAGCAGCCUUCCCUGUGCAUGCAUCGUGUGGAAAUGAGCAGUGGAGACUCCAACCCCAGAGCACCUCAAGUUCCAGGAAACCCGCAGUUCUUGUCCUUGAGCCAGAGAUGUGUCAGACCCAGAGCACCUCCGCCUGCUGGUGACCAGGAAGUGCCUCUACGCCUGCCAUUCCCAGUUGGAGACAGACCACAUCCAGUACAAGCAAUCGGGGGCUGCCAGCAGUGUCUGAUGUUACAGAAGGAAAUAGAUGAACUGAAGGAACAACUAGCGAUCAUGCAGGCGCUCAACGAAAAGUUCCAGGAUCUUUGAAGUUGGACCCAGAGUCUCCCCACAGAAGAGGCCAAACUACAACCCAUGGAUCCCGCUUCCUUCCAGUUCUUCUACAGCAGUGGUUCCAGCUUCCUAAUGCUAUGGCCUCUUAAUACAGUUCCUUGUGUUAUGUUACUCUCCAGCCAUGAAGUUAUUUCGUUGCUACUUCACAACUGUAUUUUUGCAACUGUUGUUUAUCAUCGUGUAAUAUCUGAUGUG